AUGGAAACCAAAUCAGGAGUGACAGCAUUCAAAAACAGUCUGUGGGUCAUAACCAUCGCCGAUGCAAUGAAAAGAUGUGAAAUCGAAGCCAACUUAGAUGAGAUGGUGCUAGAAAGUCAGGAUCUAAACAUACUUUCUAGGUAUAACAUACUCAAAAAUUUUGUUGAAGAGAGGAAGUUUCUGAAAGUUUAUUUUAAAUUAUCACCUCACUAUUGCAAAGAUCAUGACCAUACCACUUGAAAAAGUGUCAUGUCAGAAACAUGGAAAUUCAUCGUUCUUUGUAUUAUGUACCAUAUUUUACCUAAUAUUCGUCAAAGUUCGUGUUUAUUUGCUAAUAAUCAAGCCAUCAUUAAAGAGCCAAUGGACUCCCCCUGCCAUUUCUCCAUAUUUCAGUCACCAAUAGCAUGAUGUUGAGAGCUAUCUUGACAGCCUACUUAAUUUGCAAACGUCUGCAUAAAUGAAAAAUAACCAAGCUAUUUUAUACAACCCUCUUCAUUUCUUGGUAGUGCCAAGGUGUGAUAAACGAAUUUCACCAACAUAACUACUUUUGUUUAUUUAAAUGGAUAGAUAACCUUUAUCUAUUUUUUAAAAUUUAUUUGUGUUAACAGUCCAGGUGAAGAUGAAUCAGUCAAUGAAGUAGGCAUUGGUGGACAUAAUGAAAAAGAGUCCAAAAGUGAAGAUGGUGAUGCAGAACUGACAAAAGAGUGUGAGAGGAAGAAUAGAGAUAAAGUUCCAGUAAAGACCAAAAGGUGUCAAAAAAAAGCAGCAAUGCAGUCAUCUGAGUCUCUGGCAUCAGCAAUAAAAGAUAUGAGAAAUGCACAAGAUGAACAGAGACAAAAUGAUUAA